AUGACAAUCAAUAAGAAUAAUAGCGAUUCGAGCGACACAUUAGACGCGAGUAGUCGCCAAAACGACAGUCCCGUUGCGGCCGAUAUGGCGACCCCGUGCUGUCCCGACCCUAAGGUCCAAACGGGAAUGAAUGGUACGGACAGAGCGAAACGAAUAGCCAUUACAGUGGCGAAGAUUACGGCACUUCUGGUCCUCUUAUACCUCUUCAUCUGUUCGCUCGACUUCUUGAGCUCAGCGUUUCGUUUGGUCGGCGGACGGGCCGCCGGACGGAUAAUAUCGGACAGCGAUCUGCUUAAGAAUCCGGUGGUGGGGCUCGUGAUCGGCGUUCUCGUCACAGUACUCGUGCAGUCGUCGUCCACCUCCACGUCCAUCGUCGUCACAAUGGUUGGCUCCCAUCUACGGGAGGCCAUACCUAUAGUUAUGGGCGCCAACAUCGGCACGUCGGUCACCAACACGAUUGUGGCGCUCAUGCAGUCGACCGACCGAAACGAGUUUCGUCUGGCUUUCGGCGCCGCCACUGUUCACGAUAUGUUCAAUUGGCUCACAGUUAUAGUCCUGUUGCCCAUCGAAGUGACCACUCGUUACUUGGAGACAAUAACCGACGCCCUCAUGACAGGCGACUGGCAAACGGACACCUCGGCCAAUAAGGAGUUCCUGGGUCAUAUAACUAAACCGUUCACUAAGCUCAUAAUUGAGCUUGAUAAGAAAGUGUUGGAUGAAAUAGCCAGUGGUCAAGAGUCGACGAAUGCCACGCAAUCGCUCAUUAAAAAAGGCAAUUCACUGUUUUAUAAGCUGGGUAUGAGUGACACGAUCACCGGGGUUGUAUUACUGGUCCUAUCGUUGGUGGUUCUGUGCGGUUGCCUCGUAUUAAUGGUUAAAGUGCUUAACUCUAUGCUUAAGGGUCAUAUAGCAAUCGUCAUAAAGAAGACAAUGAAUAGAGACUACCGGUUCCCGUACUCAAUAUUAGUCAGCUAUUUAGCAAUACUUAUCGGAUGUAUACUCACUAUAUUAGUGCAAAGUAGUUCAAUAUUCACAUCAGCGCUCACCCCAUUGGCCGGCGUUGGUGUCAUAUCUUUAGAAACUAUGUAUCCCUUGACACUGGGCUCUAACAUCGGCACCACUACUACAGUAUCUAGAAUGUACAUUGUAAGGGAGUUUUUGGAGGAACAAAGAUGGGAGGAAUUAGAUCACCCCCCCCUAUAG